AAGUGGCUUCCCCCCCUUAAACGCCCAGCUGAAGCCCAGCCAGCCAGAGUCACAAAACUUUAGCAGCAGCAGAUAAUGGAGAUAAUCCAGCCAAGUUGCAGCGACCUCAGAACCCGAUUCCUCCACCAACCACCACCGUCGUCACCGCCAUUUCUCCAUUUCAUUCCCAGUCUCCGCCACUUCUCCUCUUCCAUCACUUGUUAUCACCAUCGCCGAUUUCACAAAUCUCUUCCAACUUCACUUGUCUCUCUACCCCUCCUCAACAAUCUCCGUCCCCUUGUUUCCUCUUUCAAAACCCUCACAACCACCACCCCCUACUCACUCCCAGACGACGACUUUUCGGGUUUUGUGACGAAGGAUGCGGCCAAAGAUCCUGCUUUUCCAGUCAUGAAGAAGGCAGUAGAUGUAGUUCAUGAACUAAAAGGAGCUUCAAUAUUUCUUGUUGGGAUACACAGUACAAUGAAAGCUGGUGUGGGGGAACUUCUGGCCGAGGUACUGGGGUACUACUACUUUGACAGUGAUGAUGUGGUUGAGGAAGCAGCUGGCAGCGAAUCUGUUGGCAAAUCUUUUAGAGAGAGGGAUGAGGAAGGAUUUCGUGAAUCGGAGACUGAAGUAUUGAAGCAGCUAUCAGCCAUGGGUCGCCUUGUUGUUUGUGCAGGAAAUGGUGCAGUUCAGAGUAUCACUAAUCUGGCAUUAUUGAAAUAUGGGAUUACUGUAUGGAUUGAUGUUCCUCUAGACAUGGUAGCCAGGGAUGUUAUAGAACAUGAGAGCCAGUUUUCUUCUUCAGAAAUAACUAGUUCUGGAUCUUAUUCUGAGGUGUUGAAUCAGCUUACUGUGUUGUAUGAAGAGAAUAAAGAUGGAUAUGCUGAAGCAGAUGUGGCUGUUUCACUCCUCAAGGUGGCUACCCAGUUAGGUUAUGAUGACUUGGCUGCAGUAACCAAAGAAGACAUGUCUUUGCAGAUUCUGAAGGAGCUUGAGAAAUCAACAAGAGUAAGGAAGAUGAAGGAGGAGGCUGCUAGGCCAUUUUAGCAUUGGAAUAGACUAGAACUCGAUUUAAUCAGAAGAGACUAGAUGAAGGGAAGACAAAUUUUGUACCCUUAAUGUGAGCCAACUGAAUUAUGAAACCCAGGAGUAUUUGUUCGCAUGAGACAUUAGCUAUGUUCCAUUGCUUUUCUGUGUCCUUGGUAAUUAAUUGGAUGCUAAGGUACAAUCAGUUCUUCUUGCCAACGACAAUGAGAACCCAAAAAGGAGUGCUGAUCAAAUUACAUGGGAUUCUAGUGGUGGGUUACUUCGAAA